GAAUAAUUUUUAAUCUUAGCUCCAUAAAACUUUUAAAGAUAGUGAGAAAUCUAUCUGGGGACGGAUUUAGGCAGGUGAAAUCAUGUCGAACAAAUCGCUUCUGAAGGAUCUUUUCUAUUCCAGAAUUAUUUUAAAAUAAGAUUCCAAACGGUUGAAAGGAUUUGAAACUUUGCGUAGUUUUUUAAAAAAGAAAAAUAGUGCAUUAACUACACUUCCCAGGAGGCCAGGAGGGCGAGUCUCCUCACUCGGCUACUUCUCUUCACCGCGAGGUAAGCUGGGAAAUGUAGUGCUCCAAGCAAUGCUGCACGUGACGCACGCGGAGGAAGGCGAGAGGGACUGCGCCGCCUGGUGCGGUACAGGGUCCGGGAAGUGUUGGUGUGAACCUCUUUUUCCCCAGAAUUUGGUUUGUGCAGUGAGGGGAGGGCCCCCAUCUUCUCCCUGACCGUGAAAUGAGCUGGCCCGGGUUCAUUUGCCCACAGGAGCAGCUCCGGGGAAGUCCCGAUGGCUGAGGCACCGUGGUGCCUCAUCCCGUUUCUCGGUAGCCGGGCGGGGAGGGGGAGAAGAUGAGAACAGCCGGGGGCUCGCAGCUUGCGCCCUGCGCCCCACCCAGGCUGCGGCCGCCCAGGGAGGAAGCGCCUAUAGGUUAAGUGCGAAGUUUCCUUUUUUGCUUUCUCGUCAGAGAAGCCCCAACGGGCGGUUCGGCGGGAAUGCCAAACUUCAGUUUGACCGGGGUCCCGAGCCAAAAGGUUUAAAAUAAGUUACUCCCCCCACUUCCCGCCGCUGUGUAACGUCCAUCCCGCUAGCCAUGGGCAGCCGCGAUCACCUGUUCAAAGUGCUGGUGGUGGGGGACGCCGCAGUGGGAAAGACGUCCUUGGUGCAGCGAUAUUCCCAGGACAGCUUCAGCAAACACUACAAGUCCACGGUGGGAGUGGAUUUUGCUCUGAAGGUUCUCCAGUGGUCUGACUCAGAGAUGGUGCGCCUCCAGCUGUGGGAUAUUGCAGGGCAGGAGCGCUUCACCUCUAUGACCCGACUUUACUAUCGGGAUGCCUCUGCCUGUGUUAUUAUGUUUGAUGUUACCAACGCCACUACCUUCAGCAACAGCCAAAGAUGGAAACAGGACCUGGACAGCAAGCUCACACUACCUAAUGGAGAGCCGGUGCCCUGCCUGCUCUUAGCCAACAAGUGUGAUCUGUCCCCUUGGGCAGUGAGCCGAGACCAGGUUGACCGGUUCAGUAAAGAGAAUGGUUUCACAGGUUGGACAGAAACAUCAGUCAAGGAGAACAAAAAUGUUAAUGAGGCCAUGAGAGUCCUCAUUGAAAAGAUGAUGAGCAAUUCCAGAGAAGAUAUGUCUUUGUCCACCCAAGGGAACUACAUCAACCUGCAGACCAAGACCUCUUCCAGCUGGGCCUGCUGCUAGUAGCGUUUGGCUUGUUUUCCCUCCCAGUUCUAGGAGAUCCUUCUCUUCCCUUUGGUUGCCCACCCAGCAGUUUUACUAAGUACAUUUGAACUGUCUACUGCUGACUGUCCAGUAAGGAGGGCCAUCAUCACUAAGAAAAGACACGUGGGACCCAUGGGCGUUGCUGCUGCCUUUCCUGCAUGUUGCCUGAUCACUUGCUGCUGGCUCACAGGGCCCAGUCAGUGCCUUCUGUCCAAAAAAGAUCAUCUCAUCUCUCAAUUUGUGAUCUGGGAUUUUGUGGGAAUGAUUAGAAAUCAGCAUCUGUGUUUUACAGAUCAUAAUUCUCAC